AUGUCCGCAAAUCGGCUGAAAUACGAGACGUCCACGGCGGAUGUUGAAGGAUACACCCGUGCCAAGCACCUUUACAUCCCCAUGCGCGAUGGCAUCGAGCUUUGCGCUAAUUUAUUCCUACCUUUCUCUGCAUCCAAGGAGGGGAAGAAAGUACCAGUAAUCUGCAGCAUGGGACCCUAUGGGAAGGAUAUUCAUGCCUCUACUUUUGGACUGCCGCGUACGCCAAUCUACGCGGAGAUGUAUAAGGACAUCAAGCCAUUGGGUCCUGAUGCUGCAUUCGAGCUAUGCGAUCCCGCCAUUUGGUGUCGAGAGUUCGGCUAUGCACUUCUUCGUGUUGACGCGCGCGGCAUCGGGGGUAGCCAAGGAAGGCUGGACCCAUUUGGUCUCGAGCGGUCUGUUGCUAUUCGGGCAGAUGCGGAAGGACAAGAUCUCUACGACGUGACUGAAUGGGUUGCUCUUCAGCCGUGGUGCACGGGCAAAGUCGCCUUCAGCGGCAUCAGUUACUAUGGCAUGGUUGGAUACUGGGCAGCCAUGCAAAAGCCCCCGCAUCUGACAUGUGUCAUGUCUUAUGAGUCGGGGUGUAACGUCUAUCACGCUGCCAGAAAAGGGGGCAUUUACAGCAAUAAUUUUCAAUCGCACUGGUAUAACAACGUUGUUCUCCCCUAUCAGGCUGGGAAGCAGGAUGAAUCUUUGAGCGAACAGGAGCUGGCAGCCGGCCGGGUUGAUUUCCCGAAGCUGCUCGCCAUGACUGAGUACCCGAACGAAGGAGUCUGGGGUGUCCUUGACCGGGUCCGCAAGCUUUCUGACAUUGAAGUCCCUUUCUACUUGGCUGGGAACUGGACAGACCCUGAGGUCCACUUAGCAGGGAAUAUUCGAGCCUUUAACGGUAUCUCGUCCAAGUAUAAGUGGUUGGAAAUGCAUACCGGCAACCAUCUCGCUGCGUUCUAUGAGCCGGCACACAUUGAACUGCAGAGGAAGUUCCUCGACCACUUUCUCUUUGAUAUGAAGGAUAACGGAAUGCUUAGUGUCCCUCGUCUCCGACUUCUGCAGCACCAUGGCAAAGAGACGUUUUAUAGAGACACUGAGACUGCAUUUCCCCCACAGGACGCAGAAGACGUCGCCUUCUACCUCACCCCAGACAAAAAGCUCUCUCUAACUAGCCCCGCUCAUGCAGAGCGCAUCGCAUUCAAAACCCAAGGCUAUAAUUCCACGUCUAGAAACCUCCAUUUCGUACUCGACUCGUCCUUUACCAAAUCCUUCGAGAUCCUCGGUUCCCCCUAUCUCGAGCUGGAAGUCAGCACAGAGGCCGAUGAUCUAGAUCUAUUCGUCUAUCUUCGCGCCAUCGACUCAAACAGCGAAACCAUCAUCCUCUCUGGCAACCAUGGCGAACCUAUGGACAGCUUUGCGCGGGGUUAUUUCCGUCUCUCGCACCGUGAUGAGGUUGCACUGAACUUCGUAAAGGAGAAAGUCAUCUGUCAGUCCAAUGUUCCCAGAUCUAAGGUUGUCCGAGGGGACGUCUACAAGAUUCUCCUGCCCUUGUACCCGGCUGCAUUCCUCUUCGAUAGAGGACAGUCACUGAGCCUCGAAAUCGGGCCUGUCAAUACUCCAAGUACCAUACCUCCGAUGCGACAUGAGGGCGGCGAUCGGACUACUGAUAGAUUUGGAGGAGAGAAUGUUCUUUACUCUCAUGGAAGACUGGUUCUUCCGAGAGUGAGACGGUGA